AUGUUUUCCCCGGCCUUGAUGAUUGGCAGGCGUUACGCAAUCCCUGUGGAUUUGCGCCGGAGAUCCGUGCAGGCCGAGGGGGCCCCCGCUGGGAUGUCGGCCGACCUUGCGGGGCCCAGUGGCAGUGCCGCUCCGCGCCCCUCUCACGGGGGCCACGACAGAAAAAAGGUUAAGAUCAGUCUACAUACCUUACAGCAGAAACUGGGGGUGUUUGAAGAUUUCAAGAAGACAUGCGAUCAAACAUUAAAACUCAUAACGACUCAGGCCAAUCCCACGGAGAAGCUGAUCAAGGAGGAGUUUGAGAAGCUUCACCAGUUUCUGCGGGAUGAAGAGGCAGCCAAGAUAGCUGCCCUGAGGAAGGAAGAGAAACAGAAGAGUAAGAUGAUGAAGAAGGAAAUUGAGAAGAUCAGCAGAGAGAUCUCAUCUAUUUCAGAUGCAAUCAGAGACACAGUAAAUGCAAAGAGAACUGAUGGCAUCACAUUCCUAAAGGUAUAA